ACAGUCUAUCCUGACCGUUGCUAGAACAACAUGAAGGCAAGUCUAAUCGUCAUCACCUUGUUUGCAGUUUUCAGCGCACAAGGCGCUUACUUUCCCAAUCAUCAACCCUUGUCGCAAGAUUUGAUCGACUAUGUCAAUCUAGUGAGUACAAGCUGGAAAGCUGGUACCAAUUUUGCUGGUUUACCAGUAUCUUAUGUCAAGUACUUAUGUGGUGCUUUGGAAGAUCCUAACCACUUUCAACUCCCUAUCCACGUCCAUGAAGACACCAGCGAUUUACCAAAAUCCUUCGAUUCACGAGACAAAUGGAGAAUGUGCCCUAGUAUCAGGGAGAUUCGAGACCAAGGUUCUUGUGGUAGCUGUUGGUCUUUUGGUGCUGUUGAAUCCAUCACUGACCGAAUCUGUAUCCACUCUAAUGGAAAAGUUAAAGUACAUAUUUCCGCUGAAGAUUUAAUGACCUGUUGCACCAGCUGCGGUAUGGGAUGUAACGGUGGAUUCCUUCCUCAAGCUUGGCAUUACUGGGUUAACAAUGGUAUCGUUACUGGUGGUCAGUACCACAGUCACAAAGGCUGCCAACCAUAUGAAAUUCCCAAAUGCGAACAUCACGUAAAAGGCCCAUUUAAGGCAUGUGGAAAAGAAUUGCCAACUCCAAAAUGCUCACAAAAAUGCCAACCCGGCUAUAAUAAGACCUUUAAUCAGGACAAACACUUUGGUAAGAAAUCCUAUUCUAUCACUAACAAUAUUCAGCAAAUUCAGAAAGAAAUCAUGAUGAACGGUCCAGUUGAAGCUGCAUUUACCGUCUACGCAGACUUCCCAAGUUACAAGAGCGGUGUUUAUCAGCAUACCACCGGUGGUCCAUUAGGUGGCCAUGCUGUAAAAAUCCUUGGAUGGGGUACUGAAAAUAAUACUCCUUACUGGCUUAUUGCUAACUCUUGGAAUCCAACAUGGGGAGAUAAAGGGUACUUUAAGAUCAUCCGAGGCAAGGACGAAUGCGGAAUUGAAUCCAGCAUUGUAGCCGGCAUGCCAAAAUACUAAGAUAAUUACUUGAUUUUGCAGUAGUCAAUUUUAAUUUUAUCAUGGUGUAAUUGUAGAUUUGUAGUUAUAAAACUGCAAUUUGGGCAUGUAUGUACUUGAUAUUUAGCAAGAAAUAAAAUUUAUA